GUGUUUUGUCUACGCGUGAACGCGUCUUCCGUGAGGGGCGUGGACGCGUCCUGCCUCGAGCGCACAGUGCGCGUACAGCAGGCGCAACAGACAGCAGUGUGCGUCUCGCACAUCCAAAACAAAAAAUGGGACUUGAAAAAGAAAAAUCCGAGACCAGUGUCAUUAUGGAUGAGGAUGAAUUCAAUAGAUCGAUUGAACCUAUACUUGGAAAAAAACCGAAAGUGUAUUCAGAGGACCUGGACAGAGAUCCCAAAGAUAUUAACUUGCACCUAAAGAUUGGUUUUGAAGACAUCAUUGCUGAGCCCAUCUCCACUCACAGCUUUGACAGAGUGUGGAUCGGCAGUCAUGCUGUGUUCGAGCUGGUUAAAUACAUCUUCUACCGGAUUCUUACCACGUUUCUGGCUAUUCCUAUGGCAUUUAUUGCGGGGAUUGUUUUCGGGGUCCUCAGCUGUAUACAUAUUUGGGUGGUGAUGCCAAUGAUACAGGGCUGCAUGAUGACACUGCCCUCCACCCACGUGAUCUGGACCAGCUUGAUGGACAUGUUUAUAGGGCCUUUCUUCUUCAGCAUUGGACGGUGCUUGUCGUCCAUCAAUGUCAAGACUGUGCAAAAUUGAGCAAGUCUGUCCUAAUCUAACUCCGCAUAGAAGUGUUGCAGAAUCUUUCUGUCAAGUUCUUUUGGCCUCCUUUUUGAGGGUUAUUAGCUGAAGGAUAAGUUAUCCUUGACUGCUGAAGCACAGAAAAGAGAAAGAACUUUUCUUUUCUUCAUUUCAGUAGACAAUUGCAAUAUUCAUUCCGUUAUUUAGCCACUGACGUGUCAACCUCAUAAUGGGCGGCGUCAGUGCUGACAUGCUUUUUCAUUACUGUUAUGUAAGUCUAAUUAAGCUUUUGUGUUUAAAAUGCAAGACUUUUCAAAGUUUUUAUUGUAAUGAUUGAGAUUUUUACCUUAAAGGGUUCACCCAAAAAUGAAAAUUAUGUCAUUAAUUACUCACCCUCAUGUCGUUCCACACCCGUAAGACCUUCGUUCAUCUUUGGAACGCAAAUUAAGAUAUUUUUGAUGAAAUCUGAUGGCUCAGUGAGGCCUCCAUUGCCAGCAAGAUAAUUAACAGAGUACUUUUUGUGCGCCAAAAAACAAAAUAACAACUUUUCAACAAUAUCUAGUGAUGGCCGAUUUCAAAACACUGCUUCGAAGCUUUACAAAUCUUUUGUUUCGAAUCAGUGGUUCAGAGAGCCAAAGUCACGUGAUUUCAGUAAACGAGGCUUCGUUACGUCAUAAGUGUUUCGAAAUUUCAAUAGUUCAAGUGACUUUAGCAGUUUGAUAUGCACUCUGAACCACUGUUUCGAAACAAAAGAUUCGUAAAGCUUCAAAGCAGUGUUUUGAAAUCACCCAUCACUAGAUAUUGUUGAAAAGUCGUUAUUUAGUUUUUUUGGCACACAAAAAGUAUUUUUGUCGCUUUAUAAUAUUAAGGUUGAACCACUGUAGUCACAUGAACUGUUUUAAAUAUGUUUUUAGUAGUUUUCUGGGCACCUGAAAGUGUUAAUUAUCUUGCUAUCAAUUGAGGCCUCACUGAGCCAUCAGAUUUUAUCAAAAAUAUCUUAAUUUGUGUUCUGAAGAUGAACAAAGGUCUUACGGGUGUGGAACGACAUGAGGGUGAGCAAUUAAUGACAGAAUUUUCAUUUUUGGGUGAACUAACCCUAUUGUGCUACUGCAUGUAAUAUGAUAUUGCAAUAAGCGCAUGAUAUGCUUGUGAGGAAAAAAAAUUAUGCAACUACUUCCAAUAGGGUUGUAGUGUUGUGCGAUUUAUUUCCGAGUUAAUAUUUAUAUUGUUUGGAGUUGAUAGAUUUUUAUCAACAAGAGUAAAUUAGAUGAUUUGACGGCAUUUCAGUGUACAAACUAUUUAUGAUUUUCAGGUACAUUCCUAUUAUAGAGAGCAUUCUAUACAAAUUUAUAACAUAUUUUUCUUCUGUAUUAAUGACUUCUUUUUGUAAUGAUAAAAUAGUGCCCAUAUGGCGAUUAGUUUGACUUGCAAAGCCACAUUGGACAUGCUGUUUGCCAUUGAUUGUGCUUUGUUAGUGGCUCCGCAGAGUAAAUGGAAUAUUUGACUGUGCAAUGGAACAUUAGAGGCUCAGGUGCCGUUUCCUCACCCCUGUUGAAUGAUGUCAUGUAGCAAACAUGCUGAACACGGCUCAGCUUAUGAAAGGCAGAACUAAAUGCCUCUCAGUUCACAAAUAAAAUUAUUUUUGGAAGUUGAA